AUGCCAGCCAAAGAGAUGGUGUCUCCUUGCAUGGAGUGCAACGACGCAGAUGCCGUUUUAACAACUCGGGGUAGAUCGUUGUGUGGGCCUUGUUACCGGCUCUUUUUAGAAUACAAAGUUUGGCGGCGCAUGGACCAUUACAGGCCAAGACCCCAAAGGAGUGCGCAACCUACUGCGCAACCCGCAAAGCCUCAAUUACUCCUCCCGUUGUCCCUCGGAGUCUCUUCGGCCGCUCUACUAAAUAUACUGGAUGUGGCUUUGAAGCGCCAACUUGCGAAAUCCGGUAGACCCGCGUACGCAAUUCAUAUACUUGUCGUGGAGCCAUCAACUGUGUCGCCUGUGAAUGUUUCAUGCGAUACAAAUAUCGAAGCAGUCCGAGAGGUCUUCUCGGAUUACCCUGUCACUAAGGUACCCUUGCAUAGUGUCUUUGACUAUGUAUCCGACAUGAAGGAUAUUUUGGCCGAAUAUGCAGGACCUCACUUCUUUGAUGACGCUUCCCAGCCCAACGACCAGCGUUUGGCUGCUUUCCGUGGCAUUGUCUCGACUGCGACCUCUAAGACAGAUCUUAACACUGUUUUGUUUACCAGACUUGUUGUUGGCUUUGCGAAGCACGCUGGGUGUGAAUCUAUCCUGUGGGCAGAUACAGAUACUCGUCUUGCAGCGAAGACUCUUGCCGGUGCUGCAAAGGGCCGGGGAGCCGCUCUCACUUGGCAAGUAUCGGAUGGAAUGUCACCCUGGGGUGUCAAAUUUGAAUUUCCCUGCCGGGAUAUCUCCAAGCCAGAAAUAUCCGAGUAUGCGAGUGUCUGCCCGGCGAUUUUGAAUGUUAUAAUUCCAGAUGCGCCACUAUCAGAGAACAUUCUUACAAAAAAUAUGUCUAUUGAUGAACUGAUGAUGCGGUACGUGACCAAUCAGGGUGAAAAAUACCCUGGUGUGAUGGCGAAUGUGUCUAGAACUGCCAACAAGUUGGAGAGUCCGUCAGUGACCGAGGAUGCUCUGUGUUCGUUAUGCGGAGCUAUGAUUGAAAAUGUCAAGGGCAAUGAGACCGGUAUUACUGUCGCAAGUCAAUUUGCAGGCAAGGGGUCUAAAUUUUGCUACGGGUGUAUGAGAUCCCGACCUGAUAUCAUUUUAUAA